AUUUAAAGUUUUGUAGUGAGUCGGAAACUUGACACCAAUAAUGGUGAUUGUAUCAUUGAGAUUAAUGUAUGUUUUAUAAGUUUGAUUCUCAUAAACGAAAAAGAGAACUAGAUAAAGUAAAUGAGAGCUACCAAUAGUUGGAUAGUCUUUGUCACACUUUAUAAUUUAAUAAAGCGAAGAAAAUAGCGUGCAAAAAUAUCGUUUGUUAGAAUUACUAAAAUGUUGAGUAAAUCUUACAUCUUUAAGUUGAAGAGUUAACUAGUAUUUUUUUAGAAAAGUGAACUACCUGGUGGUUUUGUCACGGUAGUUCAUCCUGUCGAGGGCCUAGAAGACUCACAUAAGCAUUUCAACCUCUCUUUGACCACCAUCGUGUGAUUCACAAGUGCUAAGAAUCAUACUUAGGACGUGCCGUGUGAAAUAUAGACCUGAAAUUUGUCUCUAACUAUUAGACAAUCCCGUAGUGAUUAAGAGUUAAUUAGUAUUUGAGUAAAAGAAUAUAUCCUUGAAAUGUGGUCAUGUGUUUGAUAGAUAACGUUUUCAAUGUAACUGAAUGGAUUUGAAGAUAAUAAAACCUGUGAGUCCUACAAUUUAAGCAAAAGAAUAUGUGAUAAACUUCGGCAUGGAAUACCGAACUUUUCAAUGUCGGUGCUGAACUUGAUUUCCUUCGGUAGACAUCCACCGAACAUCCGGCACUCGCAGCUCUAGUUUGAGUUCAAAUGAAAUCUCGAAAUUGUCCCCGUCAAAACUCGGCAACCAUGACCUUCCCUUAUUUUUGGUUGGGCUAAUGUGGGAACUUCACCAUAACUUUUCAUGGAAAUUAGUCCAUGACCAAAACAUCGAAAACUCUCUCAAAAGUAUCCUUAGCAGCACUUGGAAGGAGGACUGGAGUGUGGCACGACCAUGGCAGCUUCCAAGAUGUUAUUGGCUUCCUUCACCGCCUUCCGCCCUCUAACUUGCGCUGCCUCCGCCUCUUAUCCUGCGCGCUUGGCCCCACACCCGCCGGACCUGAUCAAGUGGGUCCGUCGGGAAGGAGGAUUUGUGCACGAGGGCGUGAAGAUAGCUCAAGACAGUUCCUUUGGUCUUGGAUUGGUGGCUUCUGAGGAAAUCCCAAAGGGUUCCGAACUAAUUGUCCUUCCGGAGCACGUACCUUUGAGAUUUGGCUUAACUGAAUCGGAAGGCGGGGAUGGGGUCGACUCUGUUCUCGACAAUUUGGCUCGCCAAGUUCCUGAGGAACUAUGGGCAAUGAAAUUGGGUUUGAAGCUUCUGCAAGAAAGAGCAAAAACUGGAUCCUUCUGGUGGCCAUACAUCAGCAGCCUCCCUGAAACGUUCAAUAUACCCAUCUUCUUCCCUGGCGAGGACAUAAAGAAUUUGCAGUAUGCUCCACUUCUUUACCAGGUAAACAAGAGAUGCAGAUUUCUUCUUGAUUUUGAACAAGAAGUCAAGCGUGCUCUGGAAAAUCUGAAACCAAAUGAUCACCCUUUUGGUGGCCAAGCUGUAGAUGCAUCUUCUCUUGGAUGGGCAAUGUCAGCUGUUUCGUCUCGGGCAUUCCGUUUAUAUGGUAGAAAACUUCCAGGCGGGAACUACAAUGAUAUUCCGAUGAUGCUUCCUCUCAUCGAUAUGUGCAACCACAGUUUCAACCCAAAUGCUGCAAUAGUUCAGGACCAAGAUGACAGGAAUAUGAAGAUGCUAGUAAAGGUUGUAGCAGAAACAGAGAUCAAGGAGAACGAUGGUUUAGUACUCAACUAUGGAUGUUUAAAUAAUGAUCUUUUCCUUCUGGAUUAUGGAUUUGUGAUACCUUCAAACCCCUAUGAUUGUAUUGAACUCAAAUAUGAUGGAGCACUUCUGGAUGCUGCAAGUAUGGCUGCCGGAGUAUCAUCGCCCAACUUCUCUGCACCAUCUCCAUGGCAGAAAGAAAUCUUAUGCCAGCUAAAGUUAGAUGGAGAAGCUCUGCUUCUUAAGGUAUGCUUAGGGGGCUCAGAACUGGUUGAGGAGCGCUUGUUGGCAGCCUUAAGAGUUGUUCUGGCUGAUGACAAAGAAACAGUUCAGAAGCACGAUUUAAACAAACUUAAAUCUAUAUCAGCUGAAGCUCCCCUUGGUAUUGCAAAUGAAUUAGCUGCUUUUCGCACCGUUAUUGCAUUAUGUGUGAUUGCACUGGGACAUUUCCCAACCAAAAUCAUGGAAGACGAAUCCCUGUUGAGUAAAGGUGUUUCAGAUUCUACUCAGCUGGCUAUCCAAUUCAGAAUUCAUAAAAAAUCGGUGAUUAUAGACGUGAUGAGAGAUCUCACAAAGAGGGUGAAGUUUCUUGCAUCAAAAGAAACCGUCGCCACUAAAGGCUGAAUUGCUGCAGUAAAGGUGGCUGUUUGCGCACAAUACUCUCUUGUCAUGUUUGUUGCCUCUUUCGUUUUAGCUACUUUGUUUUGCACUAUCUUUCUUCUGCUCUUUAGUAAUUUGAGCAUUAUCAUCUGUAGAAUGCUUGAAAAUAUUGUAUUUUUUGGUUUUAAUCACAGAUUCUUUUGUUCUUCUCGAA